AUGCCACCCUCUCCCACCAUCCACUCCUUCUUCAAGCCCAUCUCUUCUUCCACUCCCAACAACACACCCUCCUACCCAGGCGACGGUUUCACUCCCACCGACCCAUCUGCCGACUCAUCCACAGACCCGCUCUAUACCCCUUUCGCCCCUACACGAACAUACACACAGCAUGCCAUCGUCGCUCUCACUGCUGGCUCGCGACCAGUCCGUUUCCAAGGCCGAGUCGCCAACUUCAGGGUAACAUAUGGCAAAAGCAAACGCGUUAAACUCUACUUCUCCCCCCUCCCACCACCCCUCCACCUCACCCAGCUCAUCACAAUAUACACCCCCCACCUCGUCCGCGCCUCCUCCCUAAUCUUCGCCCCCUCCCCCUCCCCCCUCUCCCCGCCCACCACCCCAUGCACCCCCCUCCAACCCCCCACCCCUCUCGGAACCUCCAUCUUCCCCGGCCGCGACUCCGGCGUCCACCUUAUCCUCCACCCCCCAACCUCCUCCCCAACCCUCUACCGCACCCCCCUCUCCUCCCCCACCGGCCAAAUGACCCUCUCCUCCUUCCUCACCAGCGGCCACGAGCUCCCCGCUGCGCGCCUCCUCCUCGUCUUAACCGCCAUCCACCCCUCGCGGAAAGUCCAUAAAAAGGACCCUCCCAGCCCAGGCCACCCGGCGCGGAUGACUGAUUUCGUGGUCUCGGAAUUGGUACUGGCGGAUCGAACGGGGGAGUGCAAAUUAACGCUUUUUGACCAUGCGACGGUGCCGUUUAAGGUGGGUACCGUGCUGUUGAUUACGGGGGCGACGAUGAAGAGGGGCGGAGAGAAGGCGUGUAUUUCCCUGGGACAGGAGAGUCUGGUGGAUGCGGAGCCGGAGGUUAAGGGGGUCGAGGUAUUGAGGAGGUGGGCGGAAAAGGGGCAGAGGUUAAGUACGAAGAGGCAGGAGAUUCCGGACAAAGUGAUGGAGAAGUUGGAGGAGACGGUGGGGGAGGCGGGGUUGUAUACCCUUGCUGAGUUGGAGGAGAGGGUGCGUGAGGAGGAAGGGGGGUGGACGUUGUGGUUGAGUUUGGUGGUUGGACAGCUGAAUCUUGUGAGGGUUGUGCGGAGGGGGAUGGCGGGAGUUGGGGAGUGCUGCGGAAUCCCGAUCUACUCCCCCGAACCCACCGCCCCAUGCCUCACCUGCGGCACAAUCCAAACCCUAUCCAUCAACCCCGCCAUAAUAGGAUUAUUACUUGAUGAAACCGGCGCGCUUGAAGCAGAAAAACUACAAUGGAUGCCAAAAGCGUGGAAAGAGCUUCUCGGGGAAGCCGGAGCGAUGGGGAUACUAGGCGGGAAUAAAGAGGCUGAAGAUGCGGCCGCGAUAAAUGAAAUAAGAGAGAUGCAGCAGAGGAUCACGGGGUUGAGGUUUAGUUUUCUGAUGGGGUGGUCGGGAGAGGUUGGGAGGUUAUGUGUUCUGGGAGUGAGAAUGUGAUGAAGGCUGGUUUGGAGAUGUGCCUGGUGCUUGCUUAUGGCCGACUGGCAUGAGGAGAUAAUAGGGGGUUGCUGAGCGUAAGGGCUACAUUGGAAGGCAUGUGUCCAUAUACUGGCUUAUAUCUUGCCAUAGACAUAUUUCUCGCAAUAGCGAAGGGUUCACACGAUUUCUG